UGAAAGAAAAGGCUGAUAAAAUUCUGGCUAAAGACGUUGGAGACAUAUCAUUACCAUAUGAUCUAAUGUGGGUGUCAGCCUGGAUUGUGUUCAUUGAAGGAAACUAUUCUCUAACAGUGCUUGGGAAUAGGAGCAGGAGGGUUUACACAAAGUGACAGUCGCUGAGCACUGGGGCUCCCCCCUCCUCCUCUGCACACCUGUAAGCUUCUUUGUCUGGACUGAAUAUUUAAAUGACAUCUCCUCUUUGAAAGUUCUUCUUGCAAAUCCUAGGAUUACAAGUUCCAGGUUUUUGCAUGUGUCAGCGAUAGAAGAUUUGACACCAUGAAAGCUGUUAUCAUCCUCACAUUGCUUGCUACAGUCUGCUACUCCAAACCCUUUCACCAAAGAGGCUUAUUUGAUUUUAUGCUAGAAGAUGAAGGAUCUGGUUCUGAAACAAAAGAAUUAGAACCAGUUGGACCUACAUGCCCAUUUCGCUGCCAGUGCCACCUCCGUGUCGUUCAGUGUUCUGAUAUUGGGCUGGAGCAAGUGCCAAAGAACAUUCCCCCUGACACAACGUUGCUAGAUUUACAGAACAACAAGAUUACAGAGAUCAAGGAUGAUGAUUUCAAGCAGCUAAAACAUCUUCAUGCAUUAAUUCUUGUUAACAAUAAAAUCAAAUCGAUCAGUCCUGGCGCUUUUGCUUCUCUCACUAAACUGGAACGACUCUACUUAUCAAAAAAUAACUUAAAAGAACUUCCAACCAAUAUGCCCAAGUCACUUCAAGAGCUGCGUGUACAUGAGAACAUGAUAACCAAAGUGAAAAAGACAGUGUUUGAUGGAUUAAAUAACAUGAUUGUGAUUGAACUGGGCACAAAUCCUAUAGACAUUUCUGGGAUUGAAAAGGGGGCUUUUCAAGGAAUGAAGAAACUGUCCUACCUCAGAGUUGCAGAUACAAACAUAACUAGCGUUCCCAAAGGUCUGCCACCUUCUCUAACAGAACUUCAUCUUGAUGGAAACAAAAUUGCUAAAGUUGAAGCUGACAGUUUAAGUGGAUUGAACAAUCUAGCAAAAUUAGGCUUGAGCUUUAACAACAUCAUUAACUUUGAAAAUGGAUCCAUUGGAAAUGUACCUCACUUAAGGGAACUACACUUAGAUCACAACAGCCUCACUCAGGUUCCCGCUGGACUUAAUGAGCACAAGUACAUCCAGGUUGUGUAUCUUCACAGCAACAAAAUUGCUGCUAUUUCAACCAAUGAUUUCUGUCCUGUCGGAUACAACACAAAGAAGGCAUCAUAUACAGGAAUCAGCCUCUUCAGCAACCCAGUCCAAUACUGGGAAAUCCAGCCAGCCACAUUCCGAUGUGUGUAUGAACGCUCAGCUAUACAAAUUGGAAACUACAAGUAAAAGUAUUGAUGCACCUUGUAUUUUAAAUAAAGUCUUCUUUGUUUGUUUGCGUAAUUGUUUCAAAAAGCCUUCGCAACUAAUAAAAAAGUCAAAUACUGGAAAUCGGCCCCAAAAUAUAUUUUGUGACCAUGUUUCAUGAAACAGUGGCUUCUUUACUCACAAGGAGGUUGCUGGUGACAUUCAUCAUGUAGCAGCAUGCAUUCCCAUUUUACCAUGGUCAUCUACUCUUCAUGAAACAUGGGUUUUCACUGUUGUAAGGUAUGCAACAGUCUACUUAUUUUGUAUGUACGUAGUAGCCUACUAAGGAAACUGCAGGUAUUAAUAAAUUAAGUGUGAAAAUCUUAUUAAAUAAGAACAAAUCAUUUUGAGUAAUUAUACGUUUCUACUGAACCAUAAACAAUUUAUUGACAAUAUAAAGAUGUAGUCGUGAUAUCCCAACGUCAGCUUUUAUGCUAUCACAGUUAUUUCUGAAGUAUUUUAUUAAGCUGCAUUCCUAUGUGUGAUUAGACUAAAAGGACUUAAGAUUGCAUUAUUGGCAUUUGUAAUAAAAACACAUAUUAUGCAUUUAAUUAUCAGUGUAUUGGGGAGCUUUAUCUAACCUAAGGAGGACAAGUGGAGGUGUAGCAAUUCUACCACACCUAUCAAUUAUCUGGUACAGUACCUUGGUUCUAUGUGGAUACCUCCAAUUGUCCUCUUUAGUCAGUUUGAUAACUCUCUUCCUAUAUAUAAAUGUGCAAAUGUGUUUCUGGAGAACAGCUAUGCAAUGAUUAGGAAGUUGGCAGUCACUGUAGUUUAAUGUAUUGUAAUGGCAUUAUGGGUGGAAACCAAAAAUAUUCUAUGUUAGUAUACUCAGAAAGGACUGUAACUGAAAACAACUUGUGAUAUUCACAAGAAAAUUGCAAUUGAUAAAUACAUUGUACUGGUGAAACAGAUAAACCACAACAACGUUUAAGGAAAUUGGAGCUAAAACAUUUCUUUUUGUCUUUUGUGUGCCACUGACAUGUCAAUAUACUUACUUUAUUCUUUAAUAUAUCAAAAUACAGCUCAAAGCAGUUGAGACCUUACUUAUGCAUAUGGUCCUAGUUUGUAACAUUAAAAUACUUUUAUAGCAUAAAAUGCUUUAGUUCCCAAAGUAAGGAUAUUUUUAUAUUGUGUACUGAGCAUAUAACAUUUCUAGUUACUGUUCUCACUAUAAAUACUAUAGUCUAGUAGAUAUGUGUUUGGCUUCUCAAAAAAAGCUACAAAUAGGGAUAUAUAUCAACUGAAAAUAAACCGGUUUUAUUACUAUGUAAAAUGAACAAUAUGGUUGGACCGUUGACAACUGUCUUGAAGCACUCCAUUGGACUCUCGGAUUGACAUUACUAAAUCCAUGGACUAGAUGGUUAUUUUACCGGUUUGUGUAAUGCACAUACUGAAUGUUUUGUGAAGUUAUGGUCAAAUACAGAUAUACAUGUCUGUUGGAGAUCUAUGUGCGACCGUAUAUAAAAUAUUUUGACUGGAUUUUGUUUGGUUUGAGAAAAAGAUACUAUUUGUAUAGUGCAUUAAAAUUGUCAGAAAGAUCAAUUAUGUUGACUUUUAGAACAGAUCUGUGUGACGUCUUAUUUGGCUAUAGUGUAUUACUAAACAUUGCUUUUUGAUUAUAGAAAUCAAUGGUAACAUUACAUGUUUGUUCAAUAUAUACAGUAUAACUUGUUAUUAGUGUAAUUAAUAUAUGGUGGCAGCGUUGCAUGUGUGGUCACAUGCUCAUGGUAUAUUACAUGAAAAAUACUGUGAGAAGUGCAGUAACAUGUUUGGCAGGGACAGAGCUUUCUUGCAACCUCUGUUCCUGCAUGCGAUAUUUGAUUUAUCCUUGCGAUGUAUUAAUAUCGCAUUGCGGAUUUAGGCAAAAUUUUUACAUCCCCUCCCUAUCCGAGAUGCAGAGUGUGAUAAAUAUGCCCAGAGAUUAUUUAACAAAUAAUGAAGCUGUCUUAAUUUAAUUGUUAAUGGAGCCAGUGGAUAAGAAUGGGACUUUAGGUAUAAUACUGACAUUAUCCAGGCAAAUGAUUUUAACCAUAGGAGAUCUGCAAAAUGAUAUCCGAUCUGGGCUAAUUAUACUUUGUGCUGACUGACCCUCUCACAGCAGAAUUAUGUAACGCUCGAUCAUCUUGAAUUUAAAAUUAUCCUGAAAACACCUCUCAAUUUGUUUUAUUUCAUAUUAUAUAAAUGUUACAAGGUAAUGAUUACAUUAUACAUUUCUAACUUGCAGUAAAUUACACUUAUGACAUAUAUCUUCCAAUAUAAGUGGCAAUAGAUCUAAGGAAUUCCCUUCAUCCUGCUAGUCAGAAGUUGUGUCCUAAUUGCCAGAAUGAUGGCAUGUAUGUACAACACAACAGCAUGGCAGGGAACAGGUGGCACACGUGCCUGUCAGAGUUGUGAGUAGAAAUGUGGCAUGGCAUGCGGUAUGUAGGGGAGGUGGCUUGGGGGGCACUUCAGACAAGCUAGGUAUGUCCACAGGGCUGCAACAUUGUCGAGCACAUGCCCUGAUUACCAAACAUACAAUGUUGGGAGGUAUGAAAUGACAUACAAAAAGUAGAAGUAGAUAUUUAAUAGACUUAGGGGUCUAUUUACUAAGACUUGGAUGGAGAUAAACUGAAUGGAGAUAAAGUACCAGCCAACCAGCUUCUAAGUGCCAUGUUACAGGGUGGUUUGAAAAAUGACGUGAGCUAGUUAGUUGGUACUUUAUCUCUGUCCACUCUAUCUCCAUCCAAGACUUAGUAAAUAGACCCCUUAGUGUCUAUAACUAUGCAGCCUAUUCAUUUACCUUUACCCAGAGACAUCAAUGAAUCACGGACAUCAAAUUCUCAGUUAUCUCACUAGUUCCAAGUGAAUAACCAAGCUGGAUUUUCAUAUAUAUGGCUUCAGCCUCCCACAGUAACUGCUGCCUCCACCAGGUAUACUAGAGUGCAGUACUGGUGCUACCUCUUCCUGUGCAGUGUGCUGCCCACCUCUAUGCAAGCUCUGUGACGCCCUGUUUGACAUCUCGCUGCUUAUGCAUGGAAGAGGUGUCAUUGCUCAUGUGCCGCCCUCUCCAUAUCACCCCACUUUAGGGAUGAACAUCACAAACCCACCAGAAAAUGGUAAAUAAUAACCAUUACAUAAAAAUUAUUUUGAUGGGAAAUAAACAUUCAUAUGAUUAGUGUACGCGCAAAAAAAAACCCUCUCUGCACAUGUGUACUACUCCUGCAGCGCAGGCAGCUGGGAAUAGGACUGGGGGCAGACUCAGCGGCGAAACUUGGGCAUCAUCAAAUGAUUACCACACAUUGUAAUGCCACUAUCGCAUGGUAGAAACACUACCAUCAAAUAAAAAACUUUGAUCGUUUGAAACAAUGGCAUUCCAAUUUCAAUCCCUACACCAGUUUUCCAAUUUCCUCCUCCCUGGAAAGUAUUACUUACAGGCAGGGUUCCUCAAAAAUGCUGGGCUUAAUGUGUUCCACCGACCCUACUGUUGGGGAUUGUAACAUUUACUGGAGAUUUUGAGAAUUGAAAUUAUAAAUACCUGGUGUAGAACUACAGAGUCAACUUACUAAACUGGACUAAGAAGAGCUGGUGAAGAAAAGAGUACACAGCUAAGGAGUGUAUUACUUUCAUAUAUGUUAACAUUUUGUGCAUACCCUACAAGUAAGUAUAGUUAAAAAUUUAAAUGUUUUGUAAUAAAAAUGUAAAUGUUUUAUAAUAAAAAAUGACUUUUACCCUUACAAGCUAUCUUAGUUAGACUUUAUUCAUAUUUCACAAUAUUAUUUGAAUUUUUUUUCGCUGCUAGACAGUGUAAUGACUUCCUACCCUGCAUGGUUACUAUUACUACUCCGCAGACAACAAAAACUAAUAAAAAGUGCUGGAUAACAUUUGAUAUGGGAUCCUAAAUACAUAAUCUGUUCAUAUUGUGUUUCAAAUGAAUAAUUAAACAUAGUUAUUAAAUGCAUUUUGAUUAAUUGCACAAAUUAUAUUUAUUGUUAAACUACCUAUAUUCCUCAUUGUAUUAUGUGAUGUCUUCUUCUGGCCUAUGGCUGUCACUGCUGUUAUUGCCAUUUGUAGAACAUUUUGUUUCCCACUGAAAGCGUAUUAUAUAUUAAAAUAUCACAUUAGAUCAAA